AUGGGUAUUCUCCAAACAUGGUUUAUUGGAAUAAAAAUGUCUCCUAAAAGUAAAGCAUCUGAGGAGGAUUCUAAUCCAGAAGCUCUUAAAUCUGAUUCAGAACAACCAGAUGAUGGAAAAGAAAGUGGGGCUUUGGAAGCCAAGAUGUCUUUACUCAAUGGUAUUACAGUUAUAGUGGGUUCGAUUAUCGGUAGUGGCAUCUUCGUCUCACCUACUGGUGUACUAAAGUAUACCGGAUCAGUUAAUGCUAGUCUUUUAGUUUGGGUGGCAUCGGGUAUCUUCAGUAUGGUAGGCGCAUAUUGUUACGCGGAAUUGGGAACGAUGAUACGUGUAAGCGGUGCAGACUACGCCUACAUCAUGGAGACGUUUGGUCCCUUCGCUGCCUUCAUAAGAUUGUGGAUAGAGUGCAUGAUAGUCAGACCGUGUUCGCAGGCGAUCGUGGCAUUGACAUUUAGUGUGUACGUGCUCAAGCCCAUAUUCCCAGAAUGUGACCCUCCAGAAGACGCUACACGGUUAUUAGCCGCUUGCUGUAUAUUACUACUAACAUUCGUCAACUGCUGGUCAGUGCGAGCCGCCACGAGGGUACAAGAUUGGUUCACAUACGCGAAGUUGCUGGCCCUCUUCAUCAUCAUAGCCGCCGGUAUCUACCAACUGUGCAGAGGAAAAGUAGAACAUUUCACGUUCGAAGGCACCACCAGUGACGUGACAUCGAUUGCGCUGUCGUUUUAUUCCGGACUCUUCGCUUAUAACGGAUGGAACUACCUCAAUUUUAUAAUAGAAGAGUUGAAGGACCCGGUGCGGAACUUGCCGCGCGCCAUCGCCAUCUCGUGCGCGCUCGUCACCGUGGUGUACACGCUCACCAACGUCGCCUUCUACACCACUCUAUCGCCUACUGAGGUAUUAGGGUCGGCGGCGGUGGCGGUGACGUUUGCCGAGCGCCUGUUCGGAUGGUUCGCGCUCUCCAUCCCGCUGUUCGUGGCCGCCUCUACCUUCGGCGCCGUCAACGGCGUGCUCUUGACUUCUUCUAGACUGUUCUACGCGGGCGCGGCGCAGGGGCAGCUGCCCGCCAUGCUCACGAUGGUGUCGGCGCGCGCCACGCCCGCGCCCGCCGUGCUCGCCGUCGCGCUGCUGUCGCUGCUCUACCUCACCGUCUCCGACAUAUACGCGCUCAUCAACUACGUCGGCUUCGCCACAUGGCUGAGUAUCGGCGCGGCGGUGCUGUGCCUGCCGGUGCUGCGCUACACGCAGCCGCUCCUCGAGCGCCCCAUCAAGGUCAACCUGUUCUUUCCCAUAAUCUACAUAAUCUGCACGAUCCUGGUGGUGGCGUUCCCGGCUUGGGCGUCGCCCGCCGAGACAGGCGUGGGCUGCCUCAUGAUCCUCACGGCCGUGCCCGUGUACCUGCUGCUGCUGGAGCCCCGCACCAGGGUCGAGGGACUCGGCUUUAUUACCGCCGCUGCUACACGUUUAAUACAGAAGUUAACGCUUUCUGUUCGGCCAAAAAUAAAG